UUAAAUCACCAUAUAGAUAGAGAACACAAAAGCAGUCAAAUCAGCCCAUCGGCUGGAAGGAAGCCCACAACGAUCCCAAACCUUAACAGGCCAUCGGCACAUUCUGAACCGAUCCAGCAAUGCUCCAGCCGGCCUAGCCCGCCUGGCCGAACGAAAACCCUAGCUUUUACCUCCCGCUAUAUAUUGGCUGCUCAUCUCAUUUCGCCCCUCCCCGAGCGCCGCCCCCAGCCGCCAGCGCCCCCUUCGUCCUCUCCGUCGGCUUCCCCGGCGAGCUACCAAGACAUGGUGAGGCCGUUUGAGGAUGACUACCUGUGUCCUGCUUGGUUUGCACCUGGAGGGGUCAGGGCAACACAUUCCAAGGAUGGAUCGACCAAAAGGUCAUCCAAGGAUAGAUCGUGCUCUCCUUUUUAUAUUCCAGGCCUCCGCACAGCCGAUGUUGCUGUUGUGGAAGAGUAUCUCCGUUCUGUUAACAUCAUGCCUGUGUUUUUAGACAUCAAGAUGCCAAGGAAGUCUGUGUUUACUCUGCGUGAAACCUUUUACGUUCUUUAUGGGGGAACACCUGUGAAGGAACUCUCUGAGCUCGUAUGUUAUCGCUUAAAUCUCGAGGAAGGUCGCCCCAUGCAGUUCCUCAUGAAUGGUGAUCUACUCGCUGAGGCGACCACUGUGUCUGCAAUCUAUGAGAAACAUCUUUUGUCUGAUAACCUUGCUACCUUGCAGUGUUACAUUGACAAGAAGAAGUUUGUUCCAAGAAGCUUCAAUGUCGACAAGUCAGUUAAAGUUCCCAUCGUUGAGCCAGUUUAUGUCAAUGAAGAGUACAUCCCGUUUCCUCCCUUCCGCAUCCGCAACAUCAGGGAUGCAAAGAAGGCAGCGGCUGAUGCCAGGAGUGGCUCCUACGGCAAUGCCACCAUCUCUCAUGGAUCGUACAGCGAGGAGGGUCAUCUGCAGUUCUAUUAGGCGACUUGGCUUAAGGGUUGGUAUGAACUAUGAUCGGCGAAUUUUGUCAGAUUGGCUGGAGUUUUGCACCCUUGUGGGGUAGUGUUAGGAUCGACCGGUGAAUUUGGUCUGUUCUUCAGACCGACCCUUGCGCGGCAGCUUUGAAUUGCUGAGGCCAGUUUGAAUUAUGCUAAACCUUCAUGGAUGAUGUUAUGGGCGUUCAGGCUUACUUUCA